AUGAUGUUAAUUGACCGCAUCCACCGCAUCCCCAAACCGACUUACCUACCAGACUCCACACCGCGAGAUGUGCUGUUCCGGACCCACUUCUUCCACAUUAAGGAAUUGGUCCUCAAGGUGAGCCGCACGCGGGAGCAACCGCUCGAAGACUACCCAGGGGUAAAACUCUUCAAUGAUUUAUCUGCAGCAACGUUAAAGAAAAGAAGAACAUAUCAUCAGGUAGCAGAAGCUCUACGGCAACACGGAACCAAGUACCGCUGGGGCUACCCGACCAAAAUGCUGGUCCAACAUGGUGGAACACUCAGACCCAUUUCCACGCCGGAGGAGGGCAUCAAGCUCCUAAAAGAAUGGAACAUACCCAUCCCGCCGACUGAGCCACAUAAGCACCCGAUCAGGAAGACCGCACAAGAAUGGAGAAAAGUUCGCAAGAGACUUACCUAA